UACGCGAUUUCUGUGCGACGAUAACAUUUAUUGCAUAUUUAUUAAAUUGCGACAAACUGGACAAAAAUAUACAGUGCUACAGUGAAAUAUAGAGAACAGGUUGUCUAGGUACCUCGUAUCAAAAUUAAGUGGUUUUGUAUAGAUAAUGAAAAGUGAAUAGCAAUGAAACGCUACGUAUUCGUUUUGGUUAGCUUGUAUAUUGCGACCACUCUACAGACGGAUUUUCAAGAGAACCUAGUCAAUGGAUACCGGGCGUUGAUAGCUGACAUUCAAGUUCGGACUCAGAAGUCCAGGGAGGACAUGGACACCCUGGUCUCGCAGAUCAAGCUGCUCAUGAAAAACGAGGCUGAUAAAGCGAUUAAUUACAUGACGGUGUACUUGGAGCAGAUCUCUAUGUAUUUCCAGGUGAUCAUACACGAUCGCAAACCUCGUAACGGGACAUACUGUAAAGAGAGCAUCGUGAAACUUCUUGGGGAAAACUUGCAGUUGGCUGACGAGAACGUCACUUUGUGCCUGGCUUUAGGAUAUCAAAGGGUUCAGAGGUUACCAGAGAAACUACAAGUCCACUUCGAAACGUUGGAGAAUCUGAAGAAAUAUUCAGCCUCAAAGCUGUUCGAGUGCCAGAAGCAGCAGCAAGUAGGUGGAAACUGUUCUCAUGAGAGCCAGGAUCUAGAGAGGACUGUGUUCCUAUACGAAACAUCACCUUUUCCGGUGGUGAUGUCAGAGAUCGCCAUCAACGGCUUCAAGGAGGUCUCCGAACUAUCCGUCUGCCUCAAGGACAUCAUAUCACGCAUGAUGACUCACUCUGUGAAGGUGAUAGGCGACUUCAACAGGUGCAUACACAACAUAGAGAUGCCCAAGUUGAAAUAUUUACUCAAGUUCAUGAAGAAAUACGCUUGAAGGAAUAGAAGCUGGAAAUUAAGUAUCUAAACACACUAUGCCGACUUUCCGCGGC